CCUUGGGCUCCUCUUGACUGCGUUAGUUUCUCAGACUCUUGGUGAUUUUGAUGACCUUGACAGUUUUGAACAAUACUGGUCAAGUAUUUUGUAGGCUGCCCCUCUAAUGGAAUUUGUAAUCUGUCCAGUUUUUCUCAUGACUGGACUGGGGUUAUGGGUUUUUGGAAGAUCACAGAAGCGCAGAGCCAUUUUCAUCAGAUCCCAUCUAUCACGGUUCCAAUCCACUGACAUGAUUUAUUGCCGAGCCCAGGUUACAUGGUGAGUUGUGACGCACAGAGAAGCAUUCUUCCUCUAAUAAGGUCCAGUGCAGGCCAAAAGCUGUUUCUCAAAGGGAGAGUAACUUCCACAGAAGGUAGCAGGGCUUUAGUCCCAAAUCCUAAGACUUGCCUUGUGACUCACUUAUAAAUGCUUGCCAAGGACUCCAAAAGUGUCUCCAUCUGCCACUCCAAGCUCCACUGGGUCUACUGGGUCCUAUGACCCAAAUGGCAGAGCCACUUGCACAAUAGCCUGGACCCAUGGCAGAGAUUUCUCUUUUCUCACUAGGUGUUGGGCCUCUUCCUAUAAUAGUUACUUCCUUUAGUAACAACUUGUCCUUCACCUUUAAAGUGGUAUCUUGAUGAAUCCCAUACUACUGCACCCCUAGUAAUUUCCCUGAGGAAGAAGGCCCUUGAGUCUUGGAGGAUUUAUUUUUCCAUCCUCUGAUAUGCAAAUAUCUUACCAAUAUGUGUACAGUAAUUGCUACAUCCUACCUACCAGUGCCAAUCAGUAUAUCAUCUUCAAUGGAAUGGACUAGUGUGAUUUUCUGUGGAAGGGAAAGGAGGUCUUUGCAGACUAAAUCAUGACACAGGGCCAAAGAGUUGUUAUAUCUUGUGGUGGGACAGUGAAGGUGAAUCGCUGGCCUUGUCAGUUGAAAGUUAAUUCCUUCUGGUAGACUUUUUCAACAGGUAUAAAGGGAAAAAGCAUUUGCCAGAUCAACAGCUAUAUACCUAGUACUAGAAGUGUUGAUUUGUCCAGACAAGGAAACCACAUGUGGAGUGGCAGUGUAACUAGAAUCACCACAUCAUUCAAUUUAUGAAAAUCCAGUCAUUCCCUGAGAUCCAUUUGUCUUGUGCACAUGCCAAACAGGCAAGGUGAAAGGGAUGUAGUAGCUACCACAACCUCUGCAACCUUCAAGUCUUUGGUGGUAGUGCUAAUCUCUGCAAUCCCUCCAAGAACGUGGCAUUGCUUUUGGUUUACAUUUUUACAGACAGGAAAAGUUCUAGUGUCUUCCAUUUGGCCUCUUCUAAAAUAACCACCUUCACUCUAUAGCUCAGGGGACCAAUGUGGGACCAAUGUGGGAAUUCUGCUAGUUGCUGAGCAUGUUUAUUCUAAUUACACAUUCUGGAAUUGGGAAGUAACCACAGGUUGUGUUCAGAAACCCACUGGGCCUAAUGUGAGAUGAACCUGAGCUAGAACUCUUUUAAUCACUUGACCUCCACAAGCCCCUACUCUGGUUCAUACACAUAAUGAUAUUGUGGGUUUCCGUGAAGCAGUGUCAAGUUAGAGCCAUUGUCUACUAAUCUCCCAAAGUCUGCUUAUUUCCUUUCCCCCAGUGGGCAGUCACCCUGGUAGAUGGGCAUAGGACUCUUUGGGGAAGGCUGGGGACAAAUUAACAAUAUACAUUUUUAGCAAAAGAGCAAUGUCCUUCCCCAAGAGGACUUGGCUUCCCCUUCAUUCAAAGAGUUCUGAGUGUAUAAACUGGUUCAAGUGUGGAAAAUGACAGAGGGGCAGUGAUGCUCUGUUCUGGUGGUGCAAGUCAGGACUUCUGUUUGCUAAACCUAGAACUUUUCUGCUAAUACCAUAUGAAUUCAGCAGACUGUCCACUUCUUCUUUUCCCUAGGGACAUUAAGAUCAACUGGCCAUGUCAUAGGUCUCUGCAAGUCAGACAAUUCUGAUUACUACUUCAGUUCAGGUGUCCAUUACAGCAACCACACCCAUCUAGUUUUUGACAAUUAAGUGCCACCCCUUGGUCCCUGCCAUCCUAGGAUCCCAUUAUCCCCAGUGCAUUUAGAAAUCCCAGUUUGUGUAGUUUCCACUGUAAGAUUUAUCUGACUACAGAGAAUGCAGAUCUCUUCAAAGAUGCUGGGGCUUCACUCAUAGAUUUACUUCCCAGAGUCACGGUGAAGGGUAAUGUCCUUUGGACCCUCCUGGGGUGGGUGAGCAGGUCUUACAUGAUAAAUGCACUCUAACAUGUCAACUCCCUUUACCCCCAAGCCUUUGGAUACCUUUCUCAAUAGUAUCCCAGGCAGUUCUGGCACUUCAUUUAGUGUAGGCACUUUGGGGAGGAUGGAAGUCAAGUGAUCAGUAGAGUUUCGCUCAAGUCCUUCUCCUAGUGGGUCCAGGGGGUCUGUUAGCCCAUUUUAUGAUUAUGUUCCCAGAUUUACAUGCAUAAUAGAAAAAGACAUACUCAGCAACCAUUCAAACAAACUGUUAAACUUUUUCUAACCGUUGGAGGUAACAUUUUGUAUCUAAAAUAUCUGCUUGGUGGGCCCUUAUCAGUAAAUUCAGCCUGAUAGAAUUUUGUAAGUCUUCAUCUUGAUCUGUUAGUUUGCUAUGGCUGCUAUAGCAAAGGACCACAAACUGAGGGCUUAAAGAAACAGAAAUCUAUUCUCUCACAGUUCUGGAGGACAGAUGCCUGAAAUCACGUUAUUAGGAGGGCCACACUUCUUUGGGAUCAUCUUUCUUUGCCCUUUUCUAGCUACUAAUGGCCCCCAGCAUUUCUCUGUGUAUUGUUACAACACUCUAAUCUCUGUCUGUCUUCAUAUGUUCUUAUUUCCUGUGACUAUAUAUUUCUGCAUCCUCUCCUAUUAUAAGGACACUAGUCAUUUGAUUUCUGGCCCACCCUAAGGCAUUAUGACCUCACCUUAACCUCAUCUACAAAAACCCUAUUUUCAAAUAGGUCACACUGAGGUUCCAAGUGGACAAGAAUUUGGGGAGACACUAUUCAACCCACUAUAAUCCCACAUCCUUAAUAGCCACUGGGAAUAUAACUCCUGUAUUCUUUUGCAUGCUCUGAAUAUUUUUAGCAUGUGUAUUUUUCAAAAUUAAAGGAAAAAACUCACUCCAUUGUUCUUUGCCUCAAAAUACAAAUAUUUUACCCCUAUUUUUCCAGUUUUAUUGAGAAAUAACUGAUACACAUCACUGUAUGAAUUUAAGGUAUGCAGCAUGAUGGUUUGAUUUACAUGUAUUGUGAAAUGAUUACCACAACUGGUUUAAUUAACAACCAUCAUCUCAUAUAGAUAAAACAAAUUCUCUUGUUAUUAGAAUUCCUAGGAUCUACUCUUAACAGCUUGGCUAUGUAUCACACAGCAGCGUUAGACACAGUCAUCACACUGUACAUUACAUCCCUAGUAUUAUUUAUCUUACAACAGGAAGUUUGUGUCUUUGGACCACUUUUCUCCAAUAUUCUUGGAGAAGAAGUAUUCUUUCCAUCCAAUUUCUUCCUUUGAUGCCCACUACUAUCUAGUCUCCUCAAACUGGACUACCCGUCUUGCCCUUUCCCAAUCUUUUCUCUAACAGAGUCAUCUUGUCAAAUAGUCGCCACCUUCCAACUUUUAGCGAAGAUCAAGCAGAAGCUCCCUUCCCAGCCUAAGGAAGCUUUUCUCCAUCUGGUCUCCAGCAUCCUCCUUCCAGUAAUACCCCUUGCACCCCCGACCGCUCCUCAUCUUUCUCCCCAGAGAUGAAACAUUUCGGUUUCUCCUGAUCUCUGAGGUCUCUAAGCACCUUCCCUUUGCUCGUAUUCCCCGUACAUCAAAUUUCCCUUCAAAGACUACGGCCCACACUCUUAAGUGCGGAGCUUGCUCAACUGCACAGAACCAGUUCACCCUCCCGCCCUCACAAAGGGGAGGGACCUAACUCCCAGCCCUCGACAAGCCUGACCCCACACCCGACACCAAAGCUCUCCGGGCUCCAGGGCGGGUCGUGACGGAGUUGUCACUCGGGGAAGGCCAGGCAAGCCGCACAUCUCUCAGUCUGCCCACAUCCUUCGUUCUGUGGUUGAGGAAAUCCCGCCCGGCUCUGAAGCCCAGACUGACACUGCAAGGUGCUCAAAAGCGCUGGCGCUCUUCACACCCUGGGCGGGCCUUCCUCCUCCUCACCGAGGAUGAGAUCCUUCGCUCGUCCAGCGUUUUCCCUCCCUCUCACCUCCUGGGCUGGCCGCAACAUCCAGGGAAAGCCAGACGCGCGGGGAACUCCAGCGAGGACCAGCUGUGUGGAGCAUGCGCAGUGUCCGCACCACGCAGGCCGCCGUAUUGGCCCGCGGCUCAGCUUGCGCAGCGGCUUGCGCAGGCGCCGCGACGAAGGGCUCCCCGCCCACCCCAUCCUAGCGGGCCACGCCCCCUCAUCGCGGGUCAGAGGCCGCGGGGCGGGUGGGGGUGACGCGUGCGGAAGCGUCCUGCGCAGCCUCGGAAGCCGGCGGGCUGUAGAACGGCGGCGGCCACGGCCGGGCCCCUCAACGGGAGGGGCCCCGGAUCGCUCGGAGCGGCGGAACCGCUGUGGCGCCCCUGCCGCCGGCGGUCCCAUGAGUCGGGGCACCAUGCCUCAGCCCGGAGCGUGGCCGGGCGCGAGCCGUGCUGAGAAGCUGGUGCGGGAGGCGGGGGCCGCGUCUCCGGGCCCCACUAGAGCGGCGGCGCGGGAGGGCGGGAAGGCGGCGGCUGGUGGGCAGCCGCGGACCGCGGUGCGGUGCCCAGCCGAGCAUGAGGAGGACAUGUAUCGUGACGCGGAAGAAAUAGAAAAGGAGAAAGAAUUACUUACACAUGAAAGAGGGUUAUCAGAAGCCAGGUUAAGUGUAGCUCCUGAAAUGGACAUCAUGGACUACUGCAAAAAAGAAUGGCGGGGAAAUACACAAAAAGCCACAUGUAUGAAGAAGGGCUACGAGGAAGUGUCUCAGAAGUUCACCUCCAUCAGGCGCGUCCGCGGGGAUAAUUACUGCGCGCUGAGGGCCACGCUGUUCCAGGCGAUGAGCCAGCCGGCGGCACUGCCCCCCUGGCUGCUGGACCCGGAGCUCACGCUGUUACCGGAAAAGCUCAUAAGCAAAUACAACUGGAUCAAGCAGUGGAAACUUGGACUGAAAUUUGAGGGGAAGAGCGAGGACCUGGUUGAUAGAAUUAAGGAGUCCCUCACGUUGCUAAGGAAGAAGUGGGCAGGCUUGGCGGAACUGAGAACGGCUGAAGCAAGGCAGAUAGCUUGUGAUGAACUGUUCACAAAUGAGGAAGAGGAAUAUAGCCUCUAUGAAGCUGUAAAAUUUCUAAUGCUAAACAGAGCCAUUGAACUAUAUGAUGAUAAAGAGAAGGGAAAGGAAGUACCGUUUUUCUCCGUGCUUCUGUUUGCUCGGGACACAUCGAAUGAUCCUGGACAGCUGCUAAGGAACCAUCUAAACCAGGUGGGACACACCGGUGGCCUUGAACAGGUCGAAAUGUUCCUCCUCGCCUAUGCCGUGCGCCAUACCAUUCAGGUGUACCGGCUCUCCAAGUACAGCACGGAAGAGUUCGUCACCGUCUACCCCACCGAUCCGCCCCUGGACUGGCCGGUCGUGACGCUGAUCGCUGAAGACGACCGGCACUACAACAUCCCCGUCAGAGUGUGCGAGGAGACGAGUCUGUGAGGGGCGCGCCUGGACAGCCUGGCCACGUGGCCGAGGUGCACAGGCCACGCUUGGCUCAGGCCUUGGGCCUCCAGGUCUCUUAGAAUGGCCUGUGGGAACUCUUGGGCCCCGUGAGCCAGGCUGGACGGGGCUGUUCUGAGGACAAUUUCUGAUAAGAAUUAACCGAGUGUUUUCCCUCAUCUUGGAUGCAAUACGUUUCAGGGGCUUUCAGAGCACUUGUUGUGGGAGGUACAGACUGCGUCUUCUCCGUAAAGCAAAUCUCUGGUAUCAGAGGAGACUCAUUUCGGAAAGGAAUGUGUUCUUUAUGUCUCAGAAUCAAACUCUUUUUAAUUGUAAACUGGCUCUCCGUUUUUUCUAAGAUAGUAAUUUUUUGUGUUGGUGGUAAUGGGUGUCUGUAGGCCCUUCCUGUGCACUUGAGCUUACGUGACCUAACUCUGGAGGGCGUCUGUCACCAGGGCAGUCAUCACGGCCUCUGAUAGUCUUGUUGAUCAGCGGUUUGGAUUUACAUAUUAAUUAAAGCUAUUCUAAACAGAUUGUCUUAUAGAAGAAUAAAAACUGGGUCCAAAAAGGAGUUACUAAAAGGCUGGAGAAGGAGCCACACUCAGGAGGGAUGUGAUGGCACCUGAAACCUCUGACUGAGAACGUGACAGGCGCCUGAGGUCACGGCUACAGCUGGUCUGGUGCCUGUGCAGGUGCUGUGCUGUCAGCUGGGGGCACUGCUUGUAGCUGAGCUCCGGCGUUGGGCCGCGGAUGAUUCUUGGUCUCACAGGUGCGCCAUUUGAUGGUGAGAAGAGCGCAGCGAUUCCCCUGGUCUUUGAGAGGAGGAAGCCAGGGCCCCAUGACUUCAGGCCCUUUCAUCUGAGCUCAAGGGUGGGGGGAAGCUGGAUCUAGGGCUUCCUGUGCCCUUUCCACAGGAUGUUUUUGAUGGUGCUGCCACUGCCAAGUUCGUUCCUGCCGGGGGGUGAGUCAAAGCGAAGUGUCUUAGAUUUUUCUUGAGUAAGGAGAAGCAGAAGCAAGUAGAAAACUAAGUACAGAAGUGGGGCCGAGCGCACCGGUGUGUGAUUCGGUUUCGGGAGGCCUGAGGGAGGAGGGAGUGUACCUGUUGGUGAGUGAUGCCGCCUGGAGGCCUGGUUGCAUGUGGCUAGGGCCGGAGUCAUCCACGGGGGCGUGGGCCAUGUCCGUGGUUCCUGGGACCAGACACAUCACUGCAGUGCUGUGUCAGCAGCACCUGCCUGGGCUCGGCGUCUGUGAAGGCGGCACACCCUGAGGCCCCAACCUUUAUUUUAUAACAGUUACAAUCUUGAUUUGGUUCAAUGUAGUGUAGUUAAUAAGCUGUCACAUGUUUUGGGGGAGUGGCGGGCCUUUUCUGAAGAUGUAAGUUUUGCUUUAUACUUAAAAAUUAAAAUUCUUUUGAGAAAACUCAGAGGACACACAAAACUAUGCAGACUGUUACAUGAGUAUUUUCCUGUUACCUCAUCCGUGAUCCCACACUUCGGGAGGUGUUCAUUCUUCAGACGAUUUGAGAACUGGGUUUUGCUCUGAAUGUGCCUGAGUGCGUCGGAGAGGCUCUGUUUCUCACUGUGAAACGUCAUGGUGCCUUGAACAAGGAGGUGCCUAGAAGCCAAAUUAAAGAAAUAAUAAU